GAACCUGGCCGUUGCCGAUUACAGAACGAAGAAAAGCCGUAGAGAAAAAAGAGUAAGAAAUCGAAGAACAUGGCGGCGUGCAUAUCUUCAGCUCCGUCAUCGUUCCUUCUCACUUCUGACUUCUGUCGAGCUCGUGUAGAAAAACCCACUUCACUUUCGUCGUUUUCCUCAUUUCCCCAGAUGAAAAUUUCUAUCGACUCUAUCAGAAUUCCCUCUUCAGUGAUGCCCAGGGAGGGUGGUAUCAUUCAAGCCGCUUGGACCCGCAGGUCCCGAGGUGAAGCUGCGAAGAGACCCAACCGGAAAUCAUGGAAACAAAGGACAGAUAUGUUCAUGAGGCCCUUCUUACUGAAUGUUUUUUUCUCUAAAAGAUACAUCCAUGCUAAGGUGGUUCACCGAGGUACCAGUAAAGUGAUCUCUGUUGCUAGUACAAAUGCCAAGGAUUUGAGGAACACUUUGCCAUCCCUAAUUGAUCACAAUGCCUGUAGAAUAGUUGGGAGGCUCAUUGCUGAGAGAUCCAUGGAAGCUGAUGUUUUUGCAAUGUCUUAUGAGCCCAAGAAAAAUGAGAGAAUUGAAGGUAAGUUGGGCAUUGUUCUCGAUACUAUUAAGGAGAAUGGGAUUAUUUUUGUAAAUUGACUUCCCUGUGGUCAGAGCUCAGGGUUUGAACUAUCACACCAUCCAAUAUAGAAAUUUUCUGUUUCCCUUUAAACUGUUGUAGCAUGUUUGUUACCCACAGUAGAAAUGAAAAGGAUGAAAUCGUUAUUAUUUUCUUUA